GCAUUAUUUGGAAAAACUUUUCGCGCGCGUGGGAACCUAAAUACGCUGCUGCGCGCGAAACAAAAACUAUGACGGAUUAUUAUUUCCCUCUUGAAUCAAAUUUCGACGGAGAAAAUGAAAGUCCUUGGGAAUCAACACUCCCAACCCCCUUCCCUUGAUUGCAAGGAAGGGGUGUAGAGUUGGAGAAAGAGGCUGGAAAAUUCACCCAAGGAGACCGAGAGAAUUGCGAACAUCUCUUCAACAAACAACAAUAGCAAAAAAAGACAGACUCGAGUCUGUCUUGUUGUGACGGGCUGGGAAGCAUGGGGUGUCGCGUCAGCAAGACGAACCCCACCGUCAUCGUAGUCCAGCCGCCCGAUGAUCCGGUCAAGAUUCGACUGCGCCUUCGCGGGGACGUGGAGCCCCAAAUCGGGGAGGUCAUCCUGGCCAAGCUGUGUGAGAUAUCGGAGCAGUUCGCCAACAGGUUUGAGGUUGCACCUACAGAAAAGGUGGACGUUUACAUGGCCAAGUUGCUGCCUAUGGAGGGCGACGAACCAGGAACGAUCAACAGACUCUGCCGUAAGCUCAUCAACCAGGCCGUGGGCAAGGGGAUUCCCCUCAAUGCGAACUGCAAGAUCAUCGGCGCAAAAGAGUACCAGGAGGCGGGCGACCUCUAGAGGACAAUUUCACGUCACUAAAAAUAGCUGAUGAUGUCAUUCAUUGGAAGCGUUCGCCUGUGAUUAAAGUUGAAUUAUUUUUUAAUUAAUAUUUUUG